AUGACACCAGAAGAAGAGCGUCAAGCCGCCCUUGAUUCCUACCGAAAUAAGCUCAUCGAGUCGCGAGAAUGGGAGGCCAAGCUGAAGAAUCUUCGUCUAGAGAUAAAAGAGCUUCAAAAAGAGUUUGACAGAACAGAGGAUAACAUAAAAGCUCUGCAGAGCGUUGGACAAAUCAUUGGCGAGGUCUUGAAGCAGCUUGAUGACGAGAGAUUUAUCGUCAAGGCUUCAUCGGGUCCUCGAUAUGUCGUCGGUUGCAGGUCCAAGGUGGACAAGGAAAAAUUGAAGCAGGGUACUCGCGUUGCUCUCGACAUGACGACCCUUACAAUCAUGCGCAUGCUUCCCCGGGAAGUCGAUCCUCUUGUAUAUAACAUGUCGCUAGAAGACCCCGGCCAAGUUAGUUUCGCUGGCAUCGGUGGUUUGAACGACCAGAUUCGAGAGCUGAGAGAAGUUAUUGAGUUGCCGUUGAAGAAUCCUGAGCUGUUCAUGCGAGUCGGCAUUAAGCCUCCAAAAGGCGUGCUGUUAUACGGACCGCCUGGAACUGGCAAGACUCUUCUGGCCAGAGCAGUAGCGAGUAGUCUGGAGACCAAUUUCCUAAAAGUUGUCUCAUCGGCCAUUGUGGAUAAGUACAUUGGUGAAUCUGCACGGCUCAUCCGCGAAAUGUUCGGCUACGCCAAAGAACACGAACCCUGCAUCAUUUUCAUGGACGAAAUUGAUGCUAUUGGUGGCCGUCGAUUUUCCGAGGGUACCAGUGCCGACCGAGAAAUCCAGCGUACUCUGAUGGAGCUUCUGAAUCAACUCGAUGGCUUUGAUUACCUGGGCAAGACGAAAAUCAUCAUGGCUACCAACAGACCCGAUACGCUGGACCCUGCCUUGCUGCGUGCGGGACGUCUGGAUCGUAAGAUUGAGAUACCUCUGCCCAACGAGGUUGGGCGGUUAGAGAUUCUCAAGAUCCACGCUCAAAGUGUAGUCACCGAUGGAGACAUUGAUUUUGAAAGCGUGGUCAAGAUGAGCGACGGACUGAAUGGGGCUGAUUUAAGAAACGUGGUGACUGAAGCCGGUUUGUUUGCCAUCAAAGACUAUAGAGAUUCAGUUAAUCAGGAUGACUUUAACAAGGCAGUUCGGAAGAUGUCUGAAGCCAAGAAAUUAGAAGGCAAGCUGGAGUACCAGAAGCUGUAA